GAACGGAACGGAAGAACCCAUGGCCAUGGCCGCCGCCACCCUCGCCGCGAGGUCGCGCGCCGCCACCGCCGCGUGGGCUCGCCUGAUCUCCCACCACCACGUCGCCGCCGCAUCCGCAUCCAGCUCGCUGCCCCACCUAGCAGGCCCGCGGAUCGCGCCCCAGCGCCGCCACCUCGCCUUCUCCUCUGCCUCCCCCGGUGCCGGCGCCGGCGAGGGAGGGGGCGAGGAUCCGAUGGCGAACGAGAGGGUCAUCCACGACCUGCUGGCCCAGCUGGAGCGGGAGCGGCAGAAGGACCGCGAGGAUCGGCGCAAAGCCGGGGCCGGCGGCGGCAAGGAGGAGGAGGAGGAGGAGGAAGAGGAGGACUUCCUGGGCGUGAAGCCGCUGAUCGAGAAGCUGGAGCGGCGGAACGCCAAGGAGGCCAGACUCCCCGACGAGUCCUUCAUGGAGCCCACCGACUCCGAGUCCGACGAGGACGACGAGCGCUUCUCCGACGACUCCAUCCAACGCCGCGUCGACGAGUUCGAGCGCAAGUGCCAGCGCCAGUCCGAGCUCCUCCGCUCCUUCGCCGAGGCCGAGACCCUUGAUGAUGCUCACAAGUUCAUGACGAAGAUUGACAAGUUCGAGCAGCGCCAUCUGAGCCUGCCACUGGAGUACAGGGUCAUCGGGGACAUGAUGAACCGCCUCAAGGAUGCCACUGGGAAAGAGCGCUUCAUCCUCCUGCAGAAGCUGAACCGGGCCGUCAGGCUCAUGGAGUGCAAGGAGGCGUAUGACCCCAGCAACCCCGCAAACUUCGGGGUUAUCCAGCACCAGCAGGUCGACUCUCCGGACGAUGUGAUUGACAACGCUGGCUUCGACAAGGAGAAGCAGAUGAUCCAGGGGGAGAGCCUCGAUGACGAUGAGGAGGAGUUCAAUGAAGUCAAGGAGAAGGAUGAUAUGCUCAUCGAGAAACUAAAUGCUAUUGAGAAGAAGAUCGAGGAGAAGUUGGCGGAUCUGGAUCAUACGUUUGGUAAGAAGGGUAGGGUUUUGGAAGAGGAAAUAAAGGAUCUGGUGGAGGAGAGGAACUCCCUGACGGACAAAAAGAGGAGGCCUAUGUACAGAAAAGGUUUUGAUGUGAAGGUCAUUGACGUUAAUCGGACAUGCAAAGUUACAAAGGGAGGCCAAAUAGCAAAAUACACAGCGUUGUUGGCAACUGGAAACUACCAUGGUGUUGUAGGUUUUGCAAAAGCUAAAGGUCCAACAGCAAAGAUUGCAAUACAGAGGGCCUAUGAGAAAUGCUUCCAGAACCUACAUUACAUGGAGCGGUAUGAGGAACACACAAUUGCUCAUGCGAUUCAGGCCAAAUACGAGAAAACAAAGAUCUACCUCUGGCCUGGACCAAUGAGGAGUGGGAUGUGUGCCGCUGGCAGGACUGUCGAAACUGUGAUGUAUCUAGCCGGGUUUAGCAACGUCAAGUCAAAGAUUAUUGGAUCGAGGAGCCCGCUCAACGUUAUCAAGGCUCUCUUCAUAGCACUAAAUGCUAUUGAAACGCCCAAGGAUGUGGAGCAGAAGUUUGGACGGACUGUUGUGGAGUCGUACUUGUUGUAGGGAGGUAGUCAUCUGUUUGUGUUUGUGGAGAUCGCGUCGGCCCUGCUGGAGUGGCAAGGGAAGACCGAAAAGAGGAGCCGGUGGCAGAUCCGUCCGUGAGACCUCUGUUUGCAUCCGUAAUUCCAACUAGUAUUUGUUUGUCCUGCGACCGUUCCCCUGUUAACCGGGUACUGUAAUAUUUCAAAUCGAUCAAUGCAUACUGUAACCAGAUAGGAGGUGAUGAUAUGUACUUGGCAAAUAGAAUGAAGGCCACGUCUGGUCGCAAUUUUUUUAUAUUUUUUUUUUGGUUUUGUCAGCAGAUAUUCUGCGAUUCUGUCGAGGCGGCCUGCCUGGUUGCUUGGGAGGUUAGAUGUUAGAUGGAUCCUAAAUUGGUAGAAAGAAUAAAAACCCUUUCUCUCU